AUGGAUUCACAAGGUGAAGUUAUCUCCAUCACUAAAGCCUCUGAUGACGAUAAUCUCCUCGACUCCGGUGGCUACCACCACCACCACCACCACCACCAUCGCCGCCAGUAUUAUUUUCCGGUCACAACCGUUAAAAUCAUAAUUCUAUUUGUGGCCGUGGGGUUAAUUUACCUUGUUCUCAAUCAAUCAUCUUACCCUCCAACACAGUUUUUUCAAAGGUCUUCUUCAUUUUCACUGUCUUCGAGGCCUAAUGAAUCUGUUACAACAUCAACCUUAUCUUCUUCCACCAUGCAAGAGAAUGUUAGGUCCCAAAACCUACCUUAUAAGGUGAGUUGA